AUGGUCCCAAUUAGUUUUAAUCGUAUUGAUCCGUUAUUUAUGUAUACACAAUUGUUAAAAGAAGCACUUUUAGAUAUACAAGAUGACGAUGAAAAAUCAAUUAAAGAAUUUACUGAAUACUGUCGCACUCAAAAGGAUGUUUCCAAAACAACUAUUGAAAAGAUCGAGCGAGAGUAUCGAGAUCAUUCACCCAUUUGGUGGUACACGGGUCCAUAUUUUAUCUACUCAAUGCUCAAUUAUGGUCUUCGGCAAAUGGAUGUUGAUAUUAUCCUGAAGAUGGGUUUCUUCAUUCGCCAUUUACAUAAUCAUAUUACAGAAUUACAUCGUCAACAAGAAAAAAACACGCCAAAACAUUUUCAAGUCUUUCGAGGACAAGAAAGAUUUGCACGACCAGCUACAAAGAAUCCCAAUUCAGUUGGUAUUCUCUUCGUUAUCAAUACUGACACGGAUAUUUGCAAAAAAUCAUCAACACCAUUUGCCGAAAAAACUCUCCCUCCGAAUCAUCCCGACUUGGCUAGUUCCUAUAACAACAUCGGUAUGGUGUAUUAUAACAUGGGCGAGCACUUGAAAGCACUUUCAUCGUACGAACGAUCACUUGAAAUCAAAAAAAUAGCUCUUCCUCCGAAUCAUCCCAGCUUGGCCUCUUCCUAUGGAAACAUCGGUCUGGUGUAUAAUAAGAUGGGUGAGUACUCGAUAGCACUUUCGAUGUUCGAACGAGCACUGGAAAUCGCGAAAAUAGCUCUCCCUCCGAAUCAUCCCGGCUUGGCUUCUUCCAACAACAACAUCGGUAACGUGUAUCAUAGCAUGGGCGAGUACUCGAAAGCACUUUCAUCGCAUGAACGAUCACUUGAAAUUCGGAAAAUAGCUCUCCCUCCAAAUCAUCCCGACUUGGCUCGGUCCUACAACAACAUCGGUAAUGUGUAUGAUAACAUGGGCCAGUACUCGAAGGCACUUACGUCGUACGAACGAGCACUUGAAAUCCGAAAAAUAGCUCUUCCUCCAAAUCAUCCCGAUCAGGCUCAAUCCUACAACAACAUGGGUAAUGUGUAUCAUAAGAUGGGUGAGUACUCGAAAGCACUUACAUCGUACGAACGAUCACUUGAAAUUCGGAAAAUAGCUCUCCCUCCGAAUCAUCCCGAGUUGGCUGGUUCUUUCAACAACAUCGGUGGAGUGUAUUGUAACACGGGCGAGUACUCGAAAGCACUUUCGAUGCUCGAACGAGCACUGGAAAUCGCGAAAAUAGCUCUCCCUCCGAAUCAUCCCGACUUGGCUGGUUCCUCCAACAACAUCGGUAUUGUGUAUCUUAACAUGGGCGUGUAA